GUCAUCUAUUGGCUGGAGCACAGGGCCCCCAAUGGAGGAGCUAGAGAAAGUAUCCAAGGAGCUGAAGGGGUCUGCAACCACGUCUUCUUAAGAAUUCCUGUGAUCAGCUAUUCUCUCAACUACCACCACUGGCCAGAAGCCCACCCUGUACCCCGCAGGUGACCCAGUUUCCAGGAAGCCUUUCUCACAGGCAGUCUUUGUCACACACUUCACUUCUCCAAUGUCUCUUAUUUCUGCUGGCUCUAAUCUGCUCUCCCCAACCCCAUUCCCAAAUCCAUGUGGGCACAAGAAUCACAUGUGGGUCACAUGACUUCCGUAGGACAUUCUGUGGGGGCCUUAUGCAAGUAGUUGUGUGCAGAGACUCACCAGCUCAGCAGCAGCCACAGACACAGCUUUCCAGCUUUCCCGUUUUUUUCAGGCUCAUAGCUCCUCUUACAGGCCUGACUUCAAAAGAAAUUGGCUUGCUGGAGAAGAAAUAGUACUCUCUCCUGUGAUUCAUAAUCUCUCUCUCUCUCUCUCUCUCUCUCUCUCUCUCUCUCUCUCUCUCCCCCUCUUUCCUUCUUCCUCUUCCUCUAUGCCAAAUUCUCUCACUCUCUUUUCUCCUUACCUAGUCUAUAAGGGCUGUUAUGUUCCUUUACUCCACCAUUCAAGACUUGCAGUCCUGAAUAUCCAGGAACUAGACGCUUGAAUUUCAGUGUUGAUCCCCUCGUAGACUAGAGUCACCCAUUCUGCACCAUGCGUGCCUCAUGCCACCCUCUCCAGCUCCAAUAUGGGAACCGGUGGACCUCAUCACCUGCCUUCAAUGCACUCAGCAGACACCCUCACACCCACGUGGACCUAUUCAGCAGCAGCAGCAGGUAGCUGCUGUGAGACUGUAGCUUUGGUUUUGGAUUCUCUCUCUCUCUCUCUCUCUCUCUCUCUCUCUCUCUCUCUCUCUCUCUCUCUCUCUCUCCUUUUUCAGGCCCCGGUUCUUAGGUUAUUAGGCUUCUCUGAGAGGACUCCUUAGCAUCCUCAUUUAGCUGUCUCUCUUUAUGGUUCUUCACACCGUCAUUCCCAUACUACUAUUGAGAUCCCCCGCUGAGCGCGGUCAGUCUGAGCUGUAGUGCUGCAGGUGCCAGAGGGUCGUUCAUCCCCACAGCUUGCAUGGCUGUUGUCAGCACAGACCGGGCAGCAGCGACCUAGGAACCAGCGCGCCAGCCAUCCUAGUGCUUCUGGAAAGGGGUUGGAGGAGGUGCUGUACUGACAGGGGAAGGAGGACUCCCAGAUGCUGCCUUCUCCAGCCCCCUCCCCGCCCCCCUCACCAACUCCACGGCGCUGCCUCUUCGUGUUUACUGUGAUUUCGCAUUCACCUAUCCGUAAUUUUCCGAAUUGGGGGCUCUUCCUGCUGUUUUCCAGCAACUCCUUUCUCCUGUGAGUUUCACCCGCCCAGCGCGCGAGCGUUUGGAUGUAUUAGGGUGGGGUGAUCUGUGUUUGCUUUUAGACGAUUUUGAGUAUUUUUCCGACAGAAAAGCACAUUUUAAGGGACUGCGUAUUUACAGUAGCAGUUUGGGGUGAUUCUCCAGCGAAUCUCCUCUAGUGAUUAAACGUGAAACUUUUACCGCUGCUUUCCUUUUUCUUCCAGCGCCCGGGCUUUCGCUCUUAGACCAGCUGGCUAGAGGGUGAAGUAUUUAUUCACCCUUUAGAAGAGAGGGGACUCGAAAGCUCCAGUUGGAGGGACGGAAGACAGUCAUUUCUAACCUUUAAAAAGUGAAAACCCCAACUCAAAGGGGCAUUUUUUUUUUUUUUUUUUUUGCAUGAUGGCCCCUCCCUCUUCCACGCCUUUCACCCUCCACUGAGAUGCAGUGGGGAAUUCGCUAAGCUCCUCUAGCCCCUUCUGCUGGAGCUGGCUGAGUGAAAGAGCCCAGCCUGGUCCUCACCCCCUCCCCAUCCCCCACGAACCAAGCCGCUGUGAUGUCCUUGCUGUCGCCGCCGCCCCAUUCCGCCGCGCACCAGCCCUGGGGGCACCGGCUGUGCUCAGCUGCCCAGUCUCACCCAGGCUUCAGGCUUCCUGGAGGGUCAUGCAACCUAUAGCUAUGAUUAAGACUCUCACUUGGUAACUCUGCCAUAUUCCUUAUCUUUCCCCCCCUUCCCUCCCCUCCCCCUUUAACCACCCCCGUGUUCCCCUCCACCACCCUUGAGCCCUCCCCCGCCCCCAGACGCCCACCCUUAGACUCCUUUUCCUGCAAGAUCGCAGAGGUGGCGCGCAGCCCGACGAGCCGAUGACGGACCCCUGCCUCCCGCCUUCAAUGCCUCAGCAGAAGACCCCCAAAGGCUGGAGAGAGGAGGGCUGCGGCUGGACAUCCUCCGGGCGACGCUGCUCGGACCUGGUGCUAGUGGUGGAUGAGACUGGCGACUGAACAAGUCCCUGCCUCUGACUUCGCUGUCGUCUGCCCAGUCGUUGCCGUCGAUCCGGACCGGUCCCCACCUUGCGCCUUCUGCCUCUCACACCAGAUCGGGUCCCGGCUUCGGGCGCCCCGGGGCUCGCCCCGCGCCUGCCGCCGCCCGCGCGCCGACUGCCCGCCGCGUCCUCCUGACAGCUGCGGCGGCGGUGAUGCAGAGGAGGAGGGCGCUGCCGGCGGCGGUGCUCAUGGUGGCGGUCGGCGCCCGGGUGUAAUGCGAGCGUCAUGGUGGAGAUGCUGGCUUCGCGGCGGUGAGAGAGCAAAGGAGGGCGAGAGUCAGCCAAGGGCGGAAGACAAACCAGUUCCGAUGCUUUCUUUCCUCUGUCGCUUUCCCCCACUCUAUUUUACCCGUGGUUUGCAUAUUUAAAAUCUCUGGACUCAAUCCUCUCCCUACCACCGAAGUCUCCCCGCUUCUAAAUGGAAUUAGUGGAGAUCGGAGCCUCUGGUGUAACGCACAGACAUGAUCUAUGGACGCAGUUUGUUUCACAUUAUAGCAAGUUUAAUCAUCCUCCAUUCUUCUGGAGCAACCAAGAAAGGAACAGAAAAACAAAUCACCCCAGAAACACAGAAGUCAGUGCAGUGUGGAACGUGGACAAAGCAUGCAGAGGGAGGUGUCUUUACGUCUCCCAAUUAUCCCAGCAAAUAUCCCCCAGACCGAGAGUGUGUCUACAUCAUAGAAGCUGCCCCAAGGCAGUGCAUUGAACUUUACUUUGAUGAAAAAUACUCAAUCGAACCAUCUUGGGAGUGCAAAUUUGAUCAUAUUGAAGUUCGAGAUGGACCCUUUGGCUUUUCUCCAAUAAUUGGAAGGUUCUGUGGACAACAGAAUCCACCUGUAAUAAAAUCUAGUGGAAGAUUUCUGUGGAUUAAAUUUUUUGCUGAUGGCGAGCUGGAGUCUAUGGGAUUUUCAGCUCGAUAUAAUUUCACACCUGGAGACCUGCAUAGAAAUAGGGUGGCAUUUGCAUCACCAGCAAAUAUUGAAGACCUAGAUUUCCUCCUGUUUAAAGUACCCAUCACUGGCAUCAUUUCUGAAUAGAGAUUCACUCAGAAAGUCUGUGUAUAUCUGCACAAUUGACACAAAAAGUGCUGAUGUUAGUUAUAUUUUCUUGUAGCACAUAGCUUAAAUGUUUACUCACUUUCUUGUGGUUUCCUAUGAAGAAUAAUGUUCUACAUUUUCACAUUAUUCAUUUUAUAAAUUUUUAUCUAUAAUUUUGUGAUUUAAAAACUUUCAUGUGUCAGAAUCUUGUGGGGAUUAUUUCAUCAGUUAAAUCCCAUAUUUACUUACUUUUAGACUAGGUUUUUACAUGUUGAAUGAAGCAGGACUCUUUUCUUUUGUAUCAUCUAUGUAUGGUUUCCAGGUUAUACCAUCAGAAAUAUUUGCAGACAAUCCCCCAAAGAAUGUUCUGCUGAAGAAAGUUCAAACACAAGGAUUUGUACUGUUUUCCUUGUGAGUCCCACCUCAGCAACAGCAAAACGUGUUCUUAUGUAAUAUUUUUUACAUUGCUUUUAGUAAGUAGUGAUUCUUGAUUUUUUCUCAGUAAUAAAACUAUGUUGCUACAAUUGUAUAUUUAAAAAUGUUUAUUUACAUUAAUGUAGUCAUUUCUCUCUGUGCCUGUGCCUGUGCCUGUGCCUAUGCCUGUGCCUGUGCCUGCGUCUGCAUCUGUGUCUGCAUCUGUGUCUGUGUCUACGUCUGCAUCUGUCACUCUCUGUCUCUCUCUGUCUCGCUGUCUCUCUCUGUCUCUCUGUCUCUCUCUGUCUCUCUGUCUCUCUGUCUCUGUCUCUGUCUCUGUCUCUGUCUCUCUCUCUCUCUCUCUCUCUCUCUCUUUCUGUCACUCUCUCUGUCUCUCCCCAUGUGCUACAAAGGAAUUAUAGAAAUAGAAGAAAACAGCUAGCAUUUGGUACUCUCCUUCCAUCAGGUGGGUGCUAGGGAUUGAAGUCAGAUCUUCCUGGUUGUAGCCCAUAACUGUACCUGCUGACUCAUCUUACCAGCCCAAUUGUAGAUUCUAAUUUCUCUUAGAUUCCAGAAAUAAUCCAUUAAUAAAACAACAUUGCAUCUAUUGAAUAAGAACGCACAUAUUAUAAAAUCUUCCAUCUUUUCAGUAAAAUUAAUCAUUUAAAGUUUUGCAAUUGUUCAGCUCAUGUCUAAUAGAAUUAAUCUCCCCGUAAAUAAUUUUGGCCUUAUAAUUAUUGGUGCAAUAGGCUUUUUGGAUUUAUAGUUUUUAAAUCAGUAAAAGUUUUUAUGUCAAAAAAUUAUUGAUAAAAUUGACAAUGUGGAACUUAUGAGCAUCUAUCCUUCAGAGGAAACCACAGGAGAGUAAAAAUGUCAGUUAUGUGCUACAAGAAAAUAUAACUAACAUCCAUACCCUUUGCAUCAAUAGCAUAGAGACACACAGACUUUCUGAGUGACUCUCUGUUCAGAGAUGAUACCUAAUUCAUCGGUUAUAACAGUGCCCACUGUGAACAUUUCUGUAUAACAUUUGUUUUUAGAUAAGAAAAGCAUCAUGUUAGACCUGUGUUCUCCUGCAGUCAGUUGGUCUGUUUCUUAAUGGUACAUUCAUCCCAUUUGUUCAUUCGUACCUGUAUAAUUGACUUAGAUGAAUCACACUGUCUAAGCCUUUAUAAUUCUCUCUCCCUUAUUUCUUUUCUUCACUGUGGUGUUCUCUUUUUAAUUUUCCCACUCAUUGUGUUUAGGUAUCUCUAUUUAUAUUUGCAAAUAAAUCCUCCUCUUUGCAUAUUCCCAUUGUAGUUACCACACCUACAUUGUGAUCUGACUUUAUAUUCUUUUUAGGAAAUACAUUCAGAAGUCCUUUGAGUUUUGGAUCUCAUGUUAUUAUCUUUCAGUCCUGCUGCUUUUGUUCCAUUCUCAGUGUGGCAUUUGAUCUGGAUCCACUCAUGUUCUCUCAUGUAUUGUCAUUCUGCAUUCCUUCCCACAUGAUAAUCAACUUCCAAGUGUCACUUACCUUGGGUGAGUUACAUCCUUUCAGAGAUGUAUUAAGUGAAAGUAGGCUUUGAGAAACAAUGCCAGUUUUGUUUGAAACCACUUUAUAUUGCUCUUACCCUUGAAAGUGUUUGGCUGGGGUAUUGGAGCUAGGUUGUUACUCACUUCCUUUUAGACUACAGAAUGAAACACUUGAAUGUUUACAGAUUCCACUCCAGAGGAAAGUGUCCUUCUUCCUUUCUGGAUCUUAUAAGGAUAACACCUUUUUGAACAUUAGAUGACCUCUAGUAAUUAAUACUUUUGUAAUUCAUCCUUGAAAAUUCCGUGAAGAUUUCUAUUUUCAUCCUGUUUUUUCUUUUCAUUUCUUUUACAUUUCCCGUUAUUCUCUCUUUACAUAAACUCGACACUGAAGAAUUUCUUAAGGUCCUUUCAAGGCAUGAAUUGUAAGCAGCUGCAAAAUCUGUGCAUCGAGUUGCUAACUUAGAUUACAAAAUUUUCCAUACUGAAGUCUAUAUAUUUCUCACAGAUAGAUGAUUCCUGCUGCUGGUGUUGUACUUGUAAUAUCUCUAACGUGUUAAGAUAUUCUUUGUUGUUUUGUAGCCUAAAAAUGAUCUCUCUAUUUCUAGAAGUCUUUAGCAUCAGUUUUGGUGAUGUGUUACUUAAAUCCCCUCUGUUAAGUUUGAUGCUCAUGAUCUUAACAUGUCAUAAAAGAUAUAGUGUCUUUUGAAGAAUUAUUUUUAGCAAUUUUGGGAGAUCUAGAAUGGAGUAACAAUUACAGAAAGAAGUUGUAUUUUCUUAGGCUGGACACUCUACUCAUUUGUGUUCCAUGUUAAGUGUAGCAUGCUUGAAGAUAUUUUUAUAAUGGUCUCCAUGUGGACUGCAAAUACCCAAGUGGAGAAAUGUGGUUUUAAGGGGUCUCCAGCAUUUUCAUCUCACUGUUUAGCCACAAUAUUUUCAUUUAUUUGUAUGCUAAAUAUGAGUUCCUCACCCCCUCUUGGGAAGUUUUUGGAAAAUUAGGAUGUCAUGAAGAUCCUUGCUUGAUCACUCGCGAUUGUAUUGUACAAUUUCAAAUUCAUAGAAUAGACAUUGUUACUCUCCGAUUCUUGACCUUGUUUAGACUCUAGACUUCAUCUUACAACACUUGAUAUGUGAUCCUGCAAAACCAAAACCUGUAAAAAUAGUGCACAGACAGUCUAGUCUGAUGCAUGUGCUCCUGUUACCUUAUGUAUAGCUUCAGAAUGAGAACUAUUAUGGAGAGAUGAUUAGCAGACUAUAUUUGUUCCUGGUCAAUUUUGCAGAGAGUAAAUAUCAAUCAUGGAUUCUUCCAAAUUUAUAGAACACUUAUUUCAUUAUUUCUAACUCUUGGUAACUCUUUUAUAACACAAUUGUUAAUUUUAGAUGUAAAACUGGCAUUGAAUAUGGUUUAGCAAGUUUUAUUAACUAGAUCACAUGAUGAUUAACAAGACUUUACAUUCAGGACAAUUUUCAAUGUUUGGUAUUCAAACAUUUUGUUUAUUGAAAUAUUAAAAUAUUUGUACACAUGAGCUCAUAUGAUCCUUCAUUUUAAAACUCUUCCCUUUCUAAAUAUAUGAUUUUAACAUUUCCCACUUACUGUGAAUUAUAACACUUGAGUUUACUGUAUCUUUUAUUUACCAAUUCAAACAACUCGAUUUUCCUCACAACACACCAACAGGGACAAAGUGCAUGGCCAGCUUAGUCUCAUUCUGCCUUAUAUCUUCAAAACAGACAUUUUUAUACAUUAUAUGUUUAAUUAAAUGCCUCGAUGCUAAAUAUAUAUGGUUUUGAAAGCACAUACACAAUGCCAUUGUUAUUGCUUGUUUCUAAUAAAAAAUUAGAUAAAACUAAUAUGCACUUAUUUAACCACACUUUCUCCUAUCUUAUUACAUUUCAAUAAAAUUAAUCUUUGCUUAUGUUUAUCAUUAUUAAUGGUGGUUUUAUUUCUAGAUGUAGAAUUUAAUAUCUUACUGCUUCACUCUGGCUAUCUUAAUUUGCAUCUCUAAUGAACAGGAAAAUCAAUACUGAGUUGACUUUCAAUAUUGUAGGUACAUAUAUAUCCACAAAAUAACAUACUUUUCGUAUAUAGUUAUGACUAUAUUUUAAUAAUUUGGACAUUAGCUAAUGGCAUUUUACCAUAUCUUUGAAUGUGUGGGACUAUUACUAAUGUUCUCAACAUUCUGAGAGCAUUUUGAAGGGAGAAACUGUGUGGAAUAUCUGCUUCUUGAGAUUCUGAAUUCAAACGUAGACCGUGCUAAAUUCUCCUUCAGAGCAAUAUUCACUAUUUUCUACAUCUGGGGAGAGGUUGCAAAUGUGGUUUAGGGUGUCACACAAAGUGACACAAAUGCUCUUUUAAGCUCUGUGAAACCGGUCACUCUAUUAACCUUUGUAAUUCUUUGAUUUAUUUGUAUCUUAAAGAUUUUUUUUCAUACUGUACGUUCUGAUCAUGUUUUCCUCUUCUUGUCUACUCUCAGAUCAACCUCACCUUCCCACCAAUUCAGCUCCAGGCCUUCUUUCCCUUUCUUUAGAAACAAACAAAAAGGCAGAUCAAUAAAAAUACAAACUGAUGAGAAUAUAACAAAGACAACAACAGCAAGAACAACAACAAAGAAACAAAGGAAAAACUGCACACCACACACACACACACACACACACACACACACACACACACACACACACGUCCAUAAACAAAGUCCAUAAAACCACAAAUCUUAAACCAUAAUAGAUGAGCCAAAGACAAGUAAGGUAAAAUAAUGCCUGAACAAAGUGUUAUGAGACAAAACAUCUCCAAAAUUUUUAUUGAGUUUGUUUUAUGUUGGUCCUUUACUGUAUGCUUAACAUACUGAGAGAGAAUCCACUGGAAAACACUAAUUAUUUUCUUUGUGAGUGGCUGCCAAUUAGAAGUUGCUUCUGGAUUAGAGAUAGAGCUUGUGUCUGCUUCCCUUCUCAGUGCCAGGACCCCAUCUGGAUUCUACCUGUGCAGGCCUGAGCAUGCUGCCCCAGUCUCUGUGUGUUGACAUGUUCAUCAGUCCUGUUGUGUCUGGGAGGCACUGUUUCUUCAGUGUCUUUCAAUCCCAAUCACUCUUACAAUCUUUCUACCUCCUCCUACACAGACUUCACUGAGCCCCACGGGGAGGGAUUUGCUACAGGUACCUCAUUUUCAACUGUGUGCUCCAUCGUCUCUCACUCUUUGGGUAUUGUCCUACUGUCGGUCUUUAUAUUUGUUCCCAUCUCCUGCAGGAAGAAGCUUCCCUGAUGAUGGGUUCUCUACCAGUGUAACAGAAUGUUGUUUGGAGUCAUUUUAUUGCUCUGUACAGUCACAGCUGCAGAUCACACAGUUAGCUGGUUUGGUAUUUCCCUUAUUUAUUUAUUUAUUUAUUUAUUUAUUUAUUUAUUUAUUUAUAUUUUUUGGUAGCAAGCAGAGUACUUCCUAAUAAUAUGAACACCAUUCAGUAUGAGUAAAGACUCAACUUCUUUUUUUUUUUUAAUUUAUUACGUAUUUUCCUCAAUGACAUUUCCAAUGCUAUCCCAAAAGUCCCCCAUACCCUCCCCCCCACUUCCCUACCCACCCAUUCUCAUUUUUUUUGGCCCUGGCAUUCCCCUGUACUGGGGCAUAUAAAGUUUGUGUGUAUGAUGGGCCUCUCUUUCCAGUGAUGGCCGACUAGGCCAUCUUUUGAUACAUAUGUAGCUAGAGUCAAGAGCUCCGGGGUACUGGUUAGUUCAUAAUGUUGUUGCACCUACAGGGUUGCAGAUCUCUUUAGCUCCUUGGAUACUUUCUCUAGCUUCUCCAUUGGGGGCCCUGUGAUCCAUCCAAUAGCUGACUGUGAGCAUCCACUUAUGUGUUUGCUAGGCCCCUGCCUAGUCUUACAAGAGACAGCUAUAUCUGGGUCCUUUCAGCAAAAUCUUGCUAGUGUAUGCAGUGGUGUCAGCGUUUGAAAGCUGAUUAUGGGGUGGAUCCCUAGAUAAGGCAGUCUCUAGAUGGUCCACCCAAAAACUCCUUCCAUAGGUGUUUUGUUCCCAAUUCUAAGAAGGGGCACAGUAAGACUCAACUUCUAAUGACAUGAACACUAUUCAGUAUGGGUGGAACUCAACUUCUCCAUGUUCAUCGAGUUAUAUGGAUGUUUUCUUCAGAAACAGGGUUUUACUAUCAGUUUGUGGAAAGCAACCAACCAACAGAGAUGGAAGUGGUCUAGGUUGCUUGGGGGUUUUUAUGGGACUCAUCUGGUCAAGAAAUCAUUUAGAUGUAACCCAUUCCUUACAUUGAAGGUUUCAUUUGCUGGCAAAGGGUGUCCAGUUGGGGAUUUCCCUCUCCCCAUUGUUUGUUGAUCCUGUUUAGUUUUCUUCCAUAUGCAAGUAUAUUUAAAGAAGCUUCUAUUGUGUAUUAGGUCUUCAUAUAAUUUCCUACCCCCAAGUGACUGUCAGUUUUAUCUGUCCCUUCCUUCAUUUCCUCCUUCUUAUAAUCUUUCUACUUCCUCUUUCACAGAGUUCCCUGAGCUCCAAGGAAGGGAUCUGAUGGAGAUACCCAGUUUAUAACAGAGUGUUUUAUGGUCUCACACUCUCUGCAUAUUGCCCAGUUGUGGGUCUCUAUAUUUGUUCCCAUCUCCUGCAGGAGGGAGCUUCUCUCCUUCUCCCCUCUUCCCACCCUGUCCCAUUUGAUGCUCCUAUUCCAUUCAUAACUGUCUAUCUUAAUUUUCUACAACUACCACCCACAAUUUCUUACUCUAUAUCUAAUCUGUCUUCCUCACGCUCACCCUCUUCCUCCAUCCCCCUCUCUUGUUACUUAAGAGCUAAGAUCCACAUAUAGGUAAAAUAAGUAAAUAUAACACUUUUAUUAACUUUUCUAUUUGUAUGUUUGAGAAAGUGUGUUUGUAUUAGGAUGUAAAGUUCUUUGGGUAUAUGCCCAGGAAUGUUAUUGCUGAAUCUUGAGGUAGAUCUAUUCACAGCUUCCUGAGGAGCUACCUCACUGAUUUCCAUAGUAGCUGUACAUGUUGGAAGUCAUAUCAGUAAUGGAUGAGUUUGUCACUUACCUAAUAUUUCAUUAGCAUGAGCAGUCAUUUGUUUUAUUAAUCUUGGGCAUUCCAAAAUCUCAAAGUCGUUUUGAAUAGUAUUUCCUUGAUGACUAAGAAUAUUGAACAGUCUUGAGGGUCUGUUCUUAAGCAUGACCUCAGAAUGCUUAAUAUGGAAAGAAGAAGAAGAAGAAGAAGAAGGAGGAGGAGGAGGAGGAGGAGGAGGAGGAGGAGGAGGAGGAGGAGGAGGAGGAGGAGAAAAUCUCAGUUUUUUAGAUGUCUUUAUGACACAUGCAUAAUGAAUAGAGCAAAGUUAGGAGUGAUGUAAAAAUCAUCUCCAUAUCUCCAUUAUUCUACAUUUCACAACUCACUGUUAUAGCUUGUUAUGGUAGUUUGAAUGUGAAUGGCUCCUGUCAUAGGUUUAUGGACUUGGUCCUCAUUUGGUGGAACUGUUUAGGAAGGAUUAGGAGGUGUGGCCUUGCUGAAGGAGUAUCACUGGGAGCAGGAUUUGGGUUUUUUAAACUCUCAUUCAGUUCCCAGUGUUCUCUCUGCCUUCUGCUUAUGAAUCAAGAUGUGACUUGUUAGCUAUACCCGCUGCCACACCUUUGCUCUGCCAUCAUGACCUCUAACCCUGAAAACCAUAAAGCAAGUUUCAAUGCUUUCUUGUUUAUGCUACCUUGGUCAUUGUGUUUUUUUACAGAAAAGUUACUAAUACACAAAUGAUACAAGGUGACUUAACAUUUAGAUCUCUUUGAAGUUAUCCAAGCAUAUUUAGAUAGAUGUGCUGAUAAGUAUAAAAAUGAUUAUGUUACCUUUCCUUUGCUAUGACAGGAUAAGGAAGAAAACCACAUAAGGAAGGAAGGAAGGGAGUAUGUUUAACUCAUCAUUUCAGAGGAUUCAGAAUUCACACACUUGUUCAUUACCUUUCUUCUGGGCUGUGAUGUGGUUGAGGGGACCUUGUGAUGAAGGGAUGACGGCCACCUCAUGCAAGACAUUUUGCAGAUUAAAGGGAUGGUGGAGAAAUAUACAAACAAACAAGCAAAAGAAGAGAGUAUUGAGGGGAGAACAAAAUGAAGCAAAGCUCUGGGAAAAUGAUAAAUCAUCAGGCAGUGCACACAGGGGCUUGUUUAUUUAGCUGGGUCUGGAUUUCCAAUAACCCAGAUCAUUUAUUAUAGUUUAUUAAACUACUAGCACAGUUCCCAUUGUUAUUUGAGAACUACUUCUCACUAGCUCCAUCUGGUGAUAACAGAGUUUUUGACUCAUGAGUCUUUGGUGGGAAGAAGCACUUUCCAUGGAAAUUAUAAAUUAAAUGAUGUAUAUAUAAAUUUAUAUGAAGUAGAUAUAAUUUAAAUGUAAUAUAUAUAUUACACACACACACACACACACACACAUAUAUAUAACUAAGUUAGUUUAGAAUCCUAGAAUAGCCACUAUGUUACAAUUCAUGUUUUAAAUUCUUUGAAGUUUUUUUUAUUCUUUCCUGAGAUGGGCUCUUACUAUGAGUUCCCGAAUCCCAGGCUGCUUCCUUGAACUCAAUCCUUCUGCAUCAGCCAUAUGAAUCUGGCACUGGGGUGAUAGACAUGUGCUUUCACCAUUGCUUUCAUAUUAAAUGAAAUAUUUGAUAAUGUGGAUGAACUGAAUAUGAGGUUGAUGCCCUUGUUGGACACCUUGAUAAGUGGCACUGAGAACAGCUGUGCAAUCAGGCAAACAAAGGCACAGCCUGUAAUACCGGCUAUUCUUACAGGUUUGCUGGCUUGAUACAAUGCCUUCAGAUUUUUAUUUACUUUCUUGUAUUUAAUAAGAAAAACUGUGUAUAUCACAUAAUCAGCUCUCUACAUAAAGACCAAACUAAUCAUGUGGUCAUGCUCUGCGCACUGUAGGUCCUCGUCAACAAUGUUAGAAUAACAUCUAUGAUUAUAAUUGUAAGCAUGCAAUCACCUUGGGAGCAGCUAUGAUAUCAAUAACUCUAUACCCAGGUCUGCUUGCCCAGUUCCCACACAUUGUUGAAGUGGGAGUCAUCAAACUGUUUUCAAAAGUGUGGGAGUCAAUGAAACAGCCAAAUGAAAGGUCACCCUCAAUCCAAAAGAAAAUCACAGAACUCAGAUUUAUGGAUUUCUUAAUAAGAUGUUUUAAAUUCAUGUUUUUUUUUUAUUUUUCACAUUCUAUCUUCUUCCAGCUUAACCGGAUGAAAUUAAAGAGAUAAUGAAAGGUAAUUUGCAAUUCAAAUCAUGUGGAAAAAAAGAGCUUGGGAUUUGAAAGGGGAAAGUUUGGCUAUGCCAGAAGGUAGUUUGGCUAGAGAGUUUCCAUUGCUGUGUGGGAACAAGAGUGUUCCUAAGUUUGGGGAUAUGAUACUUAGAAAAAAUGCAACACUGUAGAAAAAAACAGUAUGUGAAUGAGUGUUCAGAGACUAUUGAUGAGACUAUUGAUCACUAGAGCAGGCAGGGGCAUGUUGAUUUGUUGUUGAAGUUUCCAACUCAGUUACUCAGGAGAAGCUAAUAACUGACAAAAAAAACAAACAAACAAACAAAAAACCUCACAAAAACAAAACAAAACAAAACAAAAUAACAAAAGCCAAACUUCCAAGGGGCUGAAGUAGAAUAAAGUAGAAGCCAUCCCAUCCACUCUUUCUAACAGAACAACAGAACCUAAAACUGAAAUAGUUUCUGACGUUGCUUUAGACCAUAUGUCUUCAGAGUCUUAUAUUAUUUUACUCCUGUUAUUCUGAUUGCCUUUGGUGCCUUUUUUUUUAGAUCACAGACUUGUAUAGGACCACAGAUUUGGCAUAGAUCUCCAUAAAUGAUGGAAUUUUAAUGCCUCUCCCCUUGUUAAUAUGCCAUUCAAUGACCUAUCAGAAGGCACCCAACACCAAGCCUGGUGACCUGAGAUCAUGCCUAGAGCCACAUGGUAGAAGGAGAAAACUACAGUCUGCAAGUUUUACUUUGAAAUCUGAAUUACAACAUUGUACAUAAAUACACACACACAAACACACACACACAAAAAUAAAUACAUACAUGUAUGAAUAAAUACAGAUUAGCCCAAGUAACUGUUUAUGCUUUAUGAUCAUAUGCACAUUCCACUACAAAAAUGUUAAGUCCAAAAUGACUACUAAUAAAACACAUUUGAAAAGAAAAAGAAAUAAACAGAUCACUGCAUAUUUUAAAUGCUAAUCAGAAAUAUCCCAAGACUUCAGUUUCAGUGCAUAUUUACACUUUUAUUUGGGAACAGGGGUGGGGGAGGAUAUCCUUGUGUCUUUCAGUCCUUGAGAUAACAGAACGGAAACGCACUUGACAAUUCUGAGAGUAUAGUUCUGCUGCAGCCCCAUAUUGGAUCUGCCCAGUCUCCCAGGUGGAAUCUACACUUUCAAGAAAUGAAGCUUUACUAACAGAAGGUUCUUGCUUAACAUAAGAUGCAUCACAUCUGUUCUGCAGCGGUCCACACAUAAAAAAUACCAGCCUCCUACACCCACACACACCUUCUGCAGUUCUGUAAUAAGUCAGCAAGGAUGUGUCCAGAGGAAUGCAAACAUAUAAAAAAAAUGAAAAAAAAUAGCAGAACUCAUAAAUUUCAGAUAACUUUCUACUUUCAUUGUUUGCAUUUGUUACAUUUUGUCUUUGAUGUGAUAAAAAGAGAUUGAUAAAGACUGUUUUAUGACAGUUAGAGGGGCUGCAGACCAUCAUGGAGGGGGAGCCAUGGCAAAUAUAGUAGAAACAUGUAGAUGUAAGUUUUUGCAACCAUGUAGACCAGAAACCAGAGAACAUGUUGACGGAUAUCAUCUGGCUUACUCUGUUUUCCCAUUAACUCAUACCAGUCCGUGGGACAGAGAAGUGCACAUGUUAGGUGGGCAUGCCUUCCCCAUUAAAUGUGCCAUGAAACAUCCUUGUAGAUAUACCUAGGAAUGCUUCUUCUAGCUGAUUCUAUUUUUCAUGGACAUGUCAGUGAAGAUAAUGAUCACACUAUUUAAAAGUAUUGCUUGAUGUUGGAACACUAGCAAGUCAUGCAAGUUUCUGUAUGAUUGGGUAUAGUUAGGAAGAAUCACUUAAGUUGUGAAAUGUGACAUCAGAUACAAACUGAUUCAAUUGUAUCACACCUGUUUUGAUUAGCUUGGUGUUGGUCUAAUUUAUGAUAUUCUCCCAAAUGUUGGACCAAAUUGUUCUAAGUGGAUUUUUAUACUUAGGAUGUGAUUCCAUAUGUUAAAGGGGAGGUGAAUACUUAUAUAUUUAGUAAGUAUCUAGCAUCAUUUAUAUACUGAGCAGAUAGUGCAAAUAUUUUGCUUAAUAACACAUCAAGUAGAUUUUUCUUACAAUCUUUUAGUGGAGAAGCAAGUAAGACUUCAGAGGGUAGAAUACUUUCAAUUAGAAAAAUUAGAGAUCUGGUGAUAUUGCUCAAUGAUAACAUGUGAUGAGCAGGCAUAAAAUCCUAUGCUUAACCACUAGCAUAAAAAAAUUAAAAAGCCAUGGAAUAGUAAGUUAAAAACAAAAUGUGACAACUUCAGCUCCUUUUUCCUAUUGGCAGAAACAUGUGCUCUUCAAAGGAUCCUUGUGAUACUUCGGGACUUAAUAGGAGGUAUCUCCUGCAAACUUCCAUCCCAAUCUAUUGGCAGUAACAGUAGCUGGCCUUCUCCAUUUGUUCUUUUCCACAUCCCUGAUGGCUCUACCUGCCCACAUGCAUUUCCAAUAUCUGGCAUAAAAGCCCUGGUAUUUUUGCCAAGGGCAUCAGCACAGGAUUCUCCCAGUAUUUCCAAUAAGAAGUGGUUCCAACUCUAUUUAGAUGAAGCUGAAGCACUUCAAAUUUACUGAAAGGAGAAUAUAUCUUUUAUUCAAGCUCUAUUUUUAUGACUUAUACAGCUUUAUUUUUUUUCUCUUAGCAUACUUAUUGAUCUCUAACGUGAAAGACACCUUUAUGGUUGUAUAUAUGUUUAUAAAUAAUAUUGAGAAAACAAAAUAUUUUCUAACUUUAUUUCGGUUGAAGUGGUUUAUUUAAAUAAUAUUAAUACAAUUAGGAUGCAGUGUGAGAGUAAUGCUCUUCCAUCACAUACCCAAUGAUCUAUAAUGUGCUACCAUUCUUAGCUUUUCAGGUCUAGAUGUGGCAAGGGGUGGGGUCUUGAGACCAUCUGCCCCUCCAUGCAUGGAUGUUGGUUUGCUAAGUCUUAUGCAGUACUUAUUCAGGUAACCACAGGUGCUGUAUGCUAAUGAAUAUAAUUACUAUGUUAAGCCCAAAAGGGAGCAGUUCCCAGCACUCCUUCACACUUUUCUCUAUCUUUUAUAUAUUUUUAAAAACUCUUCUUCCUUGAUGAGCUCUAAUCCUAAGAGGAGAACUGACAUAUAUGGUCCAUUUUGGGCUGAUUACCUAGUCUCUUAUUCUCCUUACUUUUGACCAGUUAUGAUCUCUGCAUUUACUAUAGACUAUUACACAAAGAAACUACUCUGACUUCAAUUGAGAACAGCAUCGGUAUCCUAGAAUAAACAUAAAUAUUUCGGAGGCAAUUUGACAUCAUGAACAUUGAACCAAAACCAAAUUCUAACAUAGAAGUUCAGUCAUAAAGAAAAGUCAGUUAUCAGAUUUUCAGGUAAAUAGAUGGAACCUGAAAAAAAUUAAACGGUUAAGGUAACUCAGGCCCAGGAAGAACAUCCAUGCAUGGAGGGGCAGAUGGUCUCAAGACCCCACCCCUUACUGAGGAGCUCUUAGCAGAGGACCAUUUCUGAGAAAAGGAGAAUUCAUCUCUUGGAAGGAUUAUAAACUGAUAGGAGGAGACCAAUGCUCUUGUGGGUGGCCCUACACCCAUGAACAUUUGAAUAGCACGGACUGGGUUUAGCAGGUUAUCAUCAUCAAUUACAAGAUGACAUGAAGUGGUAACAGAACAUGUCUGUGAGGACAUGGCGAAAGUUUGAGGGUUGGGGUCAAUAUGAUCAUUAUAUUUCAUUGUAUUCUUACACUAUAAUCUAAAUAAUAAAGAAAAUGUUCAUAAAUAUUGCCAAGGGUUUAAAGACACACACACUUAGAGAAGAGAGAGAGAGAGUGAGAGAUAGAUAGAUAGAUAGAUAGAUAGAUAGAUAGAUAGAUAGAUAGAUAAUAGGGGAGGGAGAGAGAGAGAGAGAUCAGGUAUUUGAAUAUUUGAAUAUGAAUGUAAGAACAUAUCAACCUUGAUUGUUAUAUUGGAAAAGCUUUGGAUGUUGUAGUAGUUUGAAUAUGCUUGGACCAGCAUGUGGCACUAUUUGGUGGUGUGGCAUUGCUGGAGUAGGUGUGUCACUGUGGGCAAAGGCUCUAAUACCCUCAUCCUAAAUGACUGGAAGCUAGUCUUCUGCUAGCAGCCUUCUGAUGAAGAUGUCAGCUCCUCCUGUACCAUGCAUGCCUGGACUCUGCCAUGCUACUGUCUUGAUGAUAAUGGACUGAAUCCCUGAACCUGUAAGACAACUCCAAUUAAAUGUUGUCCUUAUAAGGGUUGCUUUAGUUAUGGUGCAUGUUCACAGCAGUAAACCACUAACUGAGACAGAUGUAGUAUAUAACUGUGUCAGAUAGUCCAAUUUUCUCCUGAAAUGCUUCUUUCUGGGAACAGCAUUGAGUUCUGUGGGAGAGUGGCAUAUGUGAUUUGUACAAGCUAAACAACAAGAUCUCCUGUUAACAUAGUUAAGAAAAUAGCUCUAAGAACGUUGGAGGGCUUUCUUUAAGAUUCCAGAGAAAACCCUGACACUGCUUAAGGCUUCAGUUGACUACAGUCAAUUGUGUGUGUGUGUGUGUGUGUGUGUGUGUGUGUGUGUGUGUAUGAAGAUGCCCAACCUCACUUUGAGAAUAGCCUGUGACAGGUUCAUUCAUAGUCAUCUCAAAAGCAGUCUCCAAUAAGUUGCUCAUGACAUAUGAAAUUUAUUGGGGCAGCAAGAGAAGUGUAUCUCCAGCUCUCAAAUACUCACUUGCAUUCCUGAAUUCUUUGGAAAAGGAUGUCUAUGAGACACUGAUAGACUUGGUGAGGGCAUGGGUUCUAGAGACUGUUGGCCAUUCCUCUCUGAUAAACUUCAAAGCCUCAAAGAGCAUGAAGUUGUGCCAUUCAAUGUUUGAAAAAUCAUCUAAUUCAAUUGAGAAUACUUUUUAAAAGUUUCUUGUAAAUCAUGAAAAUAUUACUCCAGUAAGCCAAUUAUUGAUAUAGAAUGCAGAGCAUACAUUGAGUACUACUCAGCUAUUAAAAAGAAUGAAUUUAUGAAAUUCCUAGCCAAAUGGAUGGACCUGGAGGGCAUCAUCCUGAGUGAGGUAACUCAACCACAAAAGAACUCACACGAUAUGUAUUCACUGAUAAGUGGAUAUUAGCCCAGAAACUUAGAAUACCCAAGAUAUAAGAUACAAUUUGCAAAACACAUGAAGCUCCGGAAGAAUGAAGACCAAGGUGUGGAUACUUUGCCCCUUCUUGGAAUUGGGAGCAAGGCACUCAUGGUAGGAACUACAGAGACACAGUUUGGAGCUGAGACGAAAGGAUGGACCAUCUAGAGACUGCCAUACCCGGGGAUCCAUCCCAUAAUCAGCCUCCAAACGCUGACACAAUUGAUACACUAGCAAGAUUUUGCUGAAAGGACCCUGAUAUAGCUGUCUCUUGUGAGACUAUGCCUGGGCCUAGCAAACACAGAAGUGGAUGCUCACAGUCAGCUAUUGGAUGGAUCACAGGGCCCCCAAUGGAGGAGCUGGAGGAAGUACCCAGGGAUCUGGGGGGAAUCUGCAACCCUAUAGGUGGAACAACAAUAUGAACUAACCAGUACCCCCUCCCCCUACCCAGAGCUUAUGUCUCUAGCUGCAUAUGUAUCAGAAGAUGGCCUGCGGCCAUCAGCGGAAAGAGAGACCCAUUGGUCGUGCAGACCUUAUAUGCCUCAGUACAGGGGAAUGCCAGGGCCAAAGGUGGGAGAGGGUGGGUGGGGGGGGGGACUUUUAGGAUAGUAUUGGAAAUUUAAAUGAAAUAAAUACCUAAAAUAAUAAUAAUUAAAAAAGACACCAUUAGUGAAAACGACAUUGUUUUUAUAAUUUUACAAAUGGAAUGCCCUGAUUCUCAGAUGACUAGACUUUUAUAUCUACUUAAUGGCAUGCUUUGUUCUUGGUGGUUAUAGAGAGAAUCCAACUUCAUGGAGAUGUUUAGUGGAUAAAAGGAAAAAUACUUUAAUGGUAUUUUUCAAAUAUCAAUAAUUAUUGUCUUAAGGUACAUGAAGCUUCAUCUAGUGACAGAUUUAAUAUGGUUAUUCAUGAUAAGAACAAUGAAGGUACAUCAAUGACUAUUUUCUAUUCUAAAACAUUAACUCUAUCCAUGUACUUUUUUCUUAAAAUAGGCUAUGUGACUGUUCAUACCCUUAUAGGGAUGUUAAGACAUUCUCAGCUUCUGAUGGGCAGUCUUCAGAUUGCUACCCUGAAGAACUAACAAAUAUUGACAAAGAUACUUAUUAAAUAUCAAAAAUCAUUUUUUUCAUGUCAAUAACCACCUUACUUUAAAAUUCUCCAAAUGUGAGGAAGCUGUCAGACACACAAUGACAAAUGCUUUCUCUUCCCUGGAAGCUCAGAUUUUAUCAUCAGCAAUGCUGUCAGGUGUGUUUCUUCAAGUAAACAGAUUCGUUUUGUUCAUUUUCAAGAAAAAUUCUGGCAAGUAUCUACAUCUGAAUAAUUACAAUUUGUCUUUCAAGCAAAAACAAUGUUUCAUGAGUAAAAUGUACACAAUACCUUAGAGCAUAAACAACCAUGAAAGUGAUUUUUUGGAAGAGAAUCAGCAGACCAGACAAUUCACAACAGUGAUGCCAGUGAUGCCUUAUUGAGAGUUUGGAUUUCACAUUAGAGAAUGUUAAGAUGCUUCUUCUGGGGCUCAGACAUUCAGUGUAGAUAUUUUUCUAUGCUUCUUCACGGGAAGUUAGUUAAUCUUGUACCUUUAAAGGGUCUGUAAAAUGAAUGCUAGCUGCUGUGGUUUGUGAUACCAUCUUGUCUUCUUGCUAAGAACCAAUUGUUUGAAACGCCAUGGAUUUUUCACAGUCAAUGCAAAUAUACCUGUAGUACAAUCCAUACAGCAUAUGAAAUUUAAAAUUAAAUGACAAUUUUAGUAUUUAAUGUAGCUUACAUUUAUUACCAAACAUUUAAAUAGAAGAUCUUUUUUUUUUUUUUUUUGCUGAUUCAUUCAUACUUAAUACUUGUGAAAUUCUAGUAAAACAUGAUGAACAACCACGUCUAUUCAGCUCUGGAGCACUCAAGAGCAGUGCUACACUGAUAAUGUGAACUCUACCCUCUUGUUUGUGCUAAAUCUCUAGUCCAGGAAUUGCUGUAAUUGUAAAUGUGUGGAUAUAGCAGAGUCCUAUUUCCCCUCAGUGAUCUCUGUCCAGCAUGCAUUCAGCAAAGCUGGGUUCUGCGGAUCUAUUGUUGAGUCUUUUUGUGUGUCUCUGUGUGUGUUUCUUAGGUAGCACAGUUGCUUACCCUUUGAGAUGCUUCAGUGACUUUCCCAUUUAUGGUUUGCUCAGUGAUAUCUAGCUUUUGAAAACAUAAUGAUGUCUAUGUGUAAAUAUCUAGGACUGGUUUCCAGAAUUCUUAAAUAUCUGACUCAGACUUGUACUAUUAUCAAAGGGCAUAGUAAAAUCAUCAUACAGUGUUUGUCUAAAUCCUUGUAAAAUCCAUUUGUAACAUCUGUUAGGCUGAAACACAUUUUCACAUAACUUCACUUUGUGUAGUUUCUAUGUCUUCCAUAAGUAAGAAUACUAUUUAACUGUGAUGUGUUCAUCCUUUCACCUUUUGAGAAGACUGUAUAGAUGCAGAGGAAGCUUUUAUUUUCAUUUUUCUAAGGAAAACAUCUGUUUUCACCAGAAGAGAGAUGUUAUAGGAACACAUUUUCUUCUGUUUUAAGGUAAACAAUUCAAUUGAGUCUUCUAACAACUGUACUUUAAAAAUAUGAGAAUUUAUAAAAGGUUUCAGUGUUUACAGAUAGCAAAUCAAGGACAUGGAGAAGCAGAUUUAAACAUGGGCAGAAAAUCUUAAUACUUGAUGUUUCUCAUGUAAAUGCAAGAGUAAGUUUUGCAGUUCAGCAAAGCACUAUAGUACCUAGACUACUGUGAUGUCACAGUUGCUACCAGGAAGAGCCCUGAAAACAGCAGGUGCCAGAAGGAAUGUGAGAUAAUUCCUAAACACAUGUAAAUUUGUAAGCAAAAGUGCUCCACCUUAAGGGCCUCUUUGGAAACACCAACAAAUGGCUUCUUUUUAUUUAUGUCAUCAUAUGGGAUUUGAUGCUCAUGACAUGCCAGGCAUCCUGUAGUUGCAUUCAUGGAUUAUGUCUGUUCGUAUAUGCAUGUAUGUACUGAACAAACUCACUUCAGAAAGGAGCCUAACUGAGUUAGAAAUACUGUAUAGAUACUGCUCUAAGAUUAACUACGAUGACAAAAGAAUCUGGAGAAGUUCUUAGGACGGUUUUAUAAGCCCACCUGCCAAGUUUAAACUUUCCUUAUGAUAGUUUGGACCAGAAUUGUCACAUGACAACGUGCACUUGUAAAAGGCUGAGUGAACAAGGCAUGACUGCAUAUCUGAGAAACAAAUGUCAGUGUGAAGUGAUCUUUCCCAGGGCACCUACAUUGAUGUGUUUACAGUAAUAGCCUAUCUAUGAGCCUGACCCUAUAUAUUGAUAGGAAUGUCUACAAACUUGCAAACACCCGUACAAAUAGAACAAUGAAGUAGUAAUAAAUUUCUGUACAUAUAUAAUUAUGUUUAAUCCAUUAACAUUAUUGGUACUCUGAAAUGCUGUAACUCCUGAAUAAACAAGUUACAUCAUAGAGUUUAAUUUGUCAUGAGUUCAUGUAACAGAAGUAGACUGUUAAUAAAAGCAUAAGCACAGAGAAAAAUGACUACAAUUUCUCAUAGAGACAACUACUACAAAAGAAAAUGAGAGACAAUGUGUUCUCUUCAAGAGGAAGCAAGAGUGGUGGGAAAAGACCAGGACACUCAGGCUCCUCUCUGGGGCACGUAAGGACCAAAUGGAAAGCUGUGAUUAGACCCUAAAGACAGUGGAACGCAGAGUGACCCUUAUGAGAUCAUUUGCAUAUUUAAAAUUGUUUCAUGUUUCUUCAUGAACAACUCAUUGUGAGAGACACCUGAGAGAGUAGACGCUGCUUAUUAUGUUCAACUUUACUGUGCAUCUACAUGAUAAUCUGUGUCGUUGCCCCCCAAACCAACCCUGAAAAACCAAUCAAUCUUUUUACUUUUAAAUUCAAUUCAGGCUCUUUCAAAUGUGGUUUUGAUUGCUUGGUUGCAGGUCAUAGGAGGAAUUUAUAAUUAUCAUUUGCCAAAACAGAACUGCAAAAACAAUUUUCCAUCAUUACCAUCAACAUUAAUCCCAUACAAGAGUAAGUUUUUAUUUGCCAGUACUAGCUGUCAUAGUAGCCUGGUGUAGUAUGAGUUAUGAAGAUGACAAGUGUUUCCCUUUGAACUGGAAGAUAGAACAUGGACUUAAUUUCCCCUAGAAUUAUAACCAUGUGCAGCUGAAAGCUUCUGGUCAUGGAGGUGAUGGUGCUCAUUAAUAAGAGACAUUGUAAAGACGAGGCCAAAGAGUCAAAAGGGGGAAUGAAUAAGAAAAAUCUACACACGUGAGGUGGAAAUCUUGCUAGAUACGUUUUUAUGCUGCUGCUGAAAAAUCAAACCCAUAGCUUCACCCGAAGUCUCCAACACCUCAAAAUGUCCUUCAAAUGACCUGUACCAUGCAUGUGUAUUCUUGACUUUAUUUUUAUUAUUACUUCUUGAGACAAGGCCUCACUUGCCUCAUAUAGCCCUGGAAAUUGCAAAGACUAACGUGCCCUUGAACUUGGAGUGACACUCCAACCUUCAACUCUGGAGUUCUGGAUUACACUCCCAUACAAUCUCGGCCUAAUCCAAAGCUUGAAUUUUCCAAAAAAAAUUUAAUUAGUUCCUAACUUUAACCCUAACUUUUUUCUAAGAAGAGUAAGUCUACUGGCAAGUAGACUAUUUAGUAGUGAAAACACAAGUAAUUUUACAUAAAAUGUAAAAUACAGGCAUUGAAUGUUUAUUGAAAAAAAUGAGAUGGCUAUUGAUGCUGAAAGAAGAAAAAUCACUACUGGCAAAUCAUAUAAUGUAAAUGAUAUAUACUCCCUUUUCCCAUGUUUUUGGAGGAGACUGUAUACAUGCAUUUUCUUUGUCCCAUAAAAUUUAAAAAAAAGUAUUAUCAUGUAUUUCUAAAAAUAAUGGUCCAUUAGUUAAAAGUGUCUUCGCCUUGAUUCAGCAUGCAUAAAUACAUUCUAGUAGUAUUUAUAAUAAGCUGAGUAAAAAUACUUGAUGCAAUUAGGGAAUACCAUGGUUAAUACUGCAUUUCUUACUGCCAUCAGACCAGUUCACAUAAAUAGCAAACAAUGAAAACCACUAAUGUAUGCCUGCAUAUGCAUGUUCAGUAUGUUCACAUACAAGGCCAUGAGCCUUUCAAGAUGUGGUCCACAUAGACACAGAUAUCAAGGAAAAUCACAUGGUCUUCAUAUGUACUCUUAAUUCUUGUCAUAAUAAAAUAGGACUUUUCAUACUGCAAAUCAACUUCAUCCUUGAAAGGUAUUUUACAAAAUAUUUUUAAAUCUUUAAGUUUUUUUUAUCCAGUACAAAUUUUAUUACAAAAACAAACAAACAAACAAGCAAGCAAACAAACAAACAAACAAACAAAAACAACACAUUAAACCCAACAGUUAAUUUUAAAUUACUCAAAGUUUCUACUAGUAUACCAGAGCCAUUGGUAACUUUACCACAGGUAAGAGAAAAUUCAAUUCAAACAGGCCAGACUCUAUGGACAUAUACUGUUUCAAAUCAGAGAAAUGUUCCUUAUAUGGGUUGCAUUUCAUUCAGCUUGUCUUCACAGUUGGUAAGGUCUGACCUUCAGGCCUCUCAACAAUGAAGUGGUCCACUGCAAAUGAUUUCAGAGGAUUUACAUCGUAAAGGAAAUGCUCCAAAUGCCUUUUGUAUUCAUGGGGAAAAAUUCUUUGAUGCCCUAUUCAGACUCACAGCAUGGGCUGGGUUCUUAUGUUACAACCAAAACCAAGAAAUGGGAAUGAGGAUCUAGGUUUUGCCUUUUAACAAGGACAUUUAGAAAACUUAAGAUAAGUCCAACUUCCCAUGAUUCAUUCAGACAAGCAAAAAGGGAGGGGUCUGUGAAACUAGGUUCACAGAGAAAGAUAGGAGAAAAAGUUGUUAACUUUACAAAGUAGAAUUGAGGAAUACUAUAAAAGACAGCAUCAUGAGAGCCAGAGAUGGCAGGAAAACAUGUUUUUUAUCUAGAAGAAAAGGGUUGUUUUCACUUUGAUGCAUGAAGUCUGAGCUGUUAAAACCCCAGGCAAGAAUGUUUUUCAACAAUGGCAGAAUCCUUUGAACUAGAACAUAAAUUAUAUCUGUAAUAUAUGGAAGUGACUCAAACCAUGACUUACCUGUGGAUAUACCUUAAAAAAAA